GUUGAUAAAUGGUAAAGGACCAUGCACAAGUGAUUGCUCUUGAAAGAUCCAAAAAGAAAGUAAAAAGAAGAGAGAAAGCCUUUGGGGAUUUCUGUAACUUCGAAUCAAUCUCGCAAAAAGAAAAGUACAAGACCACGGUGAGCGCGGUACAGCUGGGGCAGUGGACGGCAACAAGCUGGCGACACCAUGGUGGCGGCUGCGUGAGCGAACCGGAGGGCGAGAGACUAAGGGUGCGAAUGGCGGGUGAGCCUAAGAGAGAGAGAGAGAGGUGCAAAUAUGAUAGUAAACCGAGCGAUUACAUCGGUUCGGUCCGGUUCAGCACAAGGAAUUGCGAACUAGACAAAUUAUUACCGGUUCUAGAUUUGCGGAACUGGUUCCGGUUCCCGCCGGAACGGUUCUCGGGUGGGAUCGGGACCGGCGCCCAACCCUAAUGCUUUGAAAACGGGAAGAAAAGUUUUCCUGGAGCCCCUGACAACGGAAAACUCGAACCUUUCCUCCUGUCUCUCCCGCUCGCUCGCUCGCGAUGAAGCUGCUGCGAACCAGCGGCGGCGCACUGGGCAACGACUCGACUCGUGGAAUCGCGAGCAAUGCGGCGAUCGGCUUCUCUCCUCAGCACUCGCCGUCGCCGUCGCCGUCGCCGUCGCCGCCGCUCUCGUCGGCCGAAGCGGCUCGAAGGGGCAGCAAGAAACCCGCGGACGGUCCCAUGACGGAGCUGCUCCGCAGGAUCUCCCCUCUCGGCGAUCCGAAGCUCUCGAUCGCCCCGGUGCUCGACCGGUGGGUCGCGGAGGGCAACCCCGUCGAGCGGCGGCCGUUCCUCCGCCUCAUCAAGCGAAUGAGGUCCUACCGUCGCCACAGCCACGCGCUCGAGAUAUCGAUGUGGAUGUCUGAUAAAAGGUAUGUUGCGAUUACUACUGCGGAUGCUGCUGUUCGGCUCAAUCUGAUCUCAAAAGUCCAUGGGAUAGAACAAGCAGAGAUAUAUUUUGAUAACCUUCCCAGACGGCUUAAAGUCGAAAAGGUCUAUAUUUCUCUUCUUAAUUGCUAUGCUAAGGCAAAACUUCCGAAGAAAGCAGAGGCUCUGUUGGAGAAAAUGAGGCAUCUGGGAUUCUCAAGGUCUGUCCUUUGCUUCACUAAUUUGCUUAAUCUUCACUAUCGGACUGGAGACUAUGAUAAAGUAGAUGCUCUGAUUGAUGAGAUGGAAGAAGAAAAGAUUCAUCUGAAUAGAUAUAUCUACAGUAUCUGGCUGAGUGCCAGUACAGCUGCUUCUGACACUGAGAAAUUCGAGAUGAUUCUAACACGGAUGAAAAUGGAUGCUAAUUUUGUUUGGGACUGGACAACAGGUGUUGUGGUAACCUCUGGAUACUAUAGAUUGGGUCUUCUCGACAAAGCUCUGGAAAUGCUAAAGAAAUGUGAGGGACUGAUAACUGAGAAAACAAGUACCGUGGCAUACGAUUUUAUUAUUACACAGUAUGCAGCAGCAGGGAAUAAAGAUGAAGUUCUAAGACUAUGGGAUGCUUACAAGAAUAAGAGAAAAGUAUACAACAAGGGAUAUAAUUGCGUCAUGAACUCUCUGCUGAAGUUCGACGACAUUGAAAGUGCUGAAAUGAUUCUGGAGCAGUGGAUGUCUAGUGAUUUGACCUGCGAUAUUCGUAUUCCAAAUAACCUGAUUCAUGCUUAUAGCAAGACCGGUCACCUUGAGAAGGCCGAGACACUGAAGAACGAAUUUGUACGGAAAGGUGGAAAGCUUGAUCACAUGACAUGGUACCAUUUGGUCAAAGGAUAUAUCCAAAAUAAUCAGAUGCCAAAGGCAUAUGAUGCCUUGAAGAAAGCAAUAUUGGUUUGUCCAUCUUGGUGGAAGCCAGGUCCGCAAUCUUUGACUGCUUGUCUGGAAUCCAUAAUAGGAAAAGAAAGUGCUGAAGAAGCCAGAGAAUUUAUUGAGUUGCUUAGGGCCAAAGAUAUUAUUUCUGCGGAUGCCCAAAAUAGGUUGUUGAAUUGCAUUUAUGACGAAAAAGCAAGCUGGGAAGCUCUCAGUGAAAUUAUCGGCAACGCUCUUGGGGACAAUGCGGAAGCACCGGGAACACUUGGGGAAGUGGACAAGAGCAGAGGGCAUGGUGUAUGGGAUGCAAAUGCAGCCGUUGCCGAUUCAGAUUGUGAAAGUUUGUCGGGUGAAGAAACACAAUAGAUGAGCACCAGGAACUCGUUUGCACUUUGGGCGUUACGGUGGGUGCACAAAAUUACGGGGCGCGCCAUAUCUGUUGUAAGAUUGGGCUUCUGCCAUGAAAUUUCUUUAUAGUUGCCCAUCUUCUGGUGAACAAGUUGUUUGUGGAGCUCAUGAGGCGAUGUAUAUGGGCAAACAUGAUAGUAAAUGUCUUCAGACUCUUCGCUCAAUUGCUAGAUUCAGGUGGCAAUCUGGAACGAUCGAGUGCCGUCAAUUCCAUACUAGCUAGCAUCAGCUGUAAACACCGAAACUGCACUGCGCCAGAGGGAUGAGGGAAGUUCAUAUGGUCUGUCUGAGGACUGUAGUGCCCAAGAAAUUCAACGCCUCAGACGCUGUUUCCUGUUUCGCAUCAGGCCCGCCCUUGUAAUUUUCCUUCUGUUCUUAGUAAGAUGGCGUGUGAUUGUAGCAAGUACCCAUCGAUGGUGCCAAUCGCCGCUUAAUUUUCGCCA